GAACAAUUCCGGCAGUCUUUGAAGGCAUCAUUUGCUGGUGUGACUGUCUCGCCUCCCAGAGCAGCGGCGUUACCGCGUACUUCUCACAGAAGCCGCGCGGCGCUACGAGGCGCUCACACGUGCUCGAAAAUAUCAUGUAGUCGCUGGGACACACUGCCACUAACGCCAGCAUUUUACUCGACCAGGUUCAGCCGUUGGCUGCCGAGCGCCGACCGCAGAAGGGCCGGAAAAGAUGAGCGCCAGGCGGGGGAGAAGCAGACAAGGAGUUCGUAAGAGGCAGCUGGCCGCCGGCAGCUUUUGACGGAUUUGCUCCCUCUGACCUGAGACGCCGAGAGCCGCCGCGCCGCCUCCUUCAUGCAGCGGAUGAGCACCUCGGCCACAACCCGAUAACCACACCGGAGACUUUUGCACCCUGCCGGGGGCACCUGAGACGAGACAAUGGCGAGCCAUCGGAGCCAGGGUGACUGCUCCGUGAAGGUUGCGUUGAGGAUACGUCCUCAGAUGGCCAAGGAGAAAAUCGAGGGCUGCCACGUGUGCACGCUGGUCACGCCCGGAGAGCCGCAAGUCCUCUUGGGAAAGGACAAGGCCUUCACCUACGACUUUGUUUUUGACGUGGACUCUGAGCAGCAAAACAUAUACCAAGCGUGUGUGCACAAGCUGAUCGAAGGCUGCUUCGAGGGCUACAAUGCCACCGUGUUUGCCUACGGCCAGACAGGCUCAGGAAAGACUUACACUAUGGGCACCGGCUUUGACGUGAGCCUGAGCCCCCUGGAGCAGGGCAUCAUCCCGCGUGCUGUCCACCAGCUCUUCCAGGGCAUCGAGAGCAGGAGGGAGCGCGCCAACGAGGCCGGCACCCCGCCCCCUGAAUUUAAAGUCACCGCCCAGUUUCUUGAGCUUUACAACGAGGAAAUUCUGGACUUGUUCGAUGGGACUCGGGAUCUGGAGAGCCGAAGCAGGAAGUCCAACAUCAAAAUCCACGAAGAUGCCAGCGGGAGCAUCUACACCACUGGGGUCACUUCUAGACUCGUACACACCGAGGAAGAGCUGCUGCAGUGUCUGAAACUCGGCGCACUGUCCCGCACCACCGCCAGCACGCAGAUGAACGCCCAAAGCUCGCGCUCGCAUGCCAUCUUUACCAUCUACCUCUGCCAGAUGAGAGUCUGCCAACCCGUACAAACGCCCAAUGGAGAGGAGGACCCUGGGGAAUUAAACGGCGUGGCAUCAUCCGCCAUCGAACAACCCGAGUUCGAAGCUCUGAUGGCCAAGUUCCACUUUGUGGACCUGGCCGGUUCCGAGAGGCUCAAACGCACCGGAGCUACAGGAGAGCGAGCCCGCGAGGGAAUCUCCAUCAACUGUGGACUGUUGGCCCUGGGGAAUGUCAUCAGUGCUUUAGGAGAUCAGACCAAGAAAGCGGGCCACGUUCCCUACCGAGACUCUAAGCUCACUCGGCUGCUGCAGGACUCGUUAGGAGGCAACAGCCGUACAGUGAUGAUCGCUUGCGUCAGUCCGUCUGACCGUGACUUCAUGGAGACCCUGAACACGCUGAAGUACGCCAACCGGGCCCGGAACAUCAAGAACAAGGUAGUGGUGAACCAGGACAAGACCAGCCAGCAGAUCAGCGCCCUGCGCGCAGAGAUAGCCCGCCUCCAGUUGGAGCUGAUGGAGUACAAGGCGGGGAAGCGAGUUGCGUGUGAGGAAGGCUCGGAGGGUUACAGCGACCUAUACCAGGAGAACGCCAUGUUCCAAAGAGAGAACGACACGCUGCGCCUCAGGGUGAAGGCCAUGCAGGAGACCAUCGACCACCUCAACACGCGAGUAACGCACCUGUUGGCCAACGAGGUCAGCGUGCUGCUCACCAAGUCAAGUGAGGGCAACCAGGAGAUUGGAGCUCUAAUUCAGAACUACAUCCGAGAAGUCGAAGAGCUCAGAUCUAAACUUGUGGAGAGCGAGGCCAUGAACGAAUCUCUGCGACGCCAAGCUGCUCGGCUGUCCUCUCGUACAGCCUUACCUUCCAGCGCUCUAAGCCCCGCCACCGGCCACCCGCCUGGCUCCUCGCCCACGCCCAUGUCCAUGGAGGCCGAGAUGACGGACGUGUUGCGCCGAGCCAAGGUGGACAUUGAGAGGCUGAAGAAGAAGGAGAGGAGGCAGAGGAGGAUGAGUCCAGAGUUGGAGAAAGGUUUGAAAAAACGAGUGAAGUUGAACGGAGACGGCGGACAAAACGGACAGAACGGAGUGGUCGAUUCGGACGACAAUUACACCGAGGACAUCAUGUCUCCGCUGCAGGAAGAGAGCGGCUGCGAUGAGGAGGAGGAGGAGGAAGAAGAAGAAGGGCGAGAGGAAGAUGAAGAGUUCGACAGCGAUGAGAGCCUUGUGGACUCAGACUCUGACACUGAGGAGAAAGCCAACUUCCAGGCUGAUCUUGCUGAUCUGACAUGCGAGAUCGAGAUCAAGCAGAAGUUAAUAGAUGAGCUGGAGAACAGCCAGCGGAGGCUCCUGAUGCUGAAGCUCCAGUACGAGGAGAAGCUCAUCCUGCUGCAAAAUAAGAUCCGAGACACCCAGCUGGAGAGGGACCGGGUACUGCAGAACCUCAGUGAGUCCACUCAUCCACUGACCAUCAGUAAGAGAACCUUAACGUCACUACACGACUCCACAGUGUCCAUGGAGAACUACACAGAGGAGAAGGCUAACCGCAUCAAGCAGGAGUAUGAGAAACGACUGAAGGAGAUGAACCGCGACCUUCUCAAGCUCCAAACUGCGCAGAAAGAACAUGCGCGGCUCCUUAAAAACCAGAGCCGCUACGAACGGGAGCUGAAGAAACUCCAGGCCGAGGUGAACGAGAUGAAGAAAACCAAGGUGGUGCUGAUGAAGCAGAUGAAGGAGGAGCAGCAGAAGAGGAGGUUGGUGGAAGCUAAGAGGAACCGUGAGAUUGCCCAGCUCAAGAAAGAGCAGCGACGACAAGAGUUUCAGAUCCGAGCCCUGGAGUCUCAGAAGCGGCAGCAGGAGCUGGUGCUCCGCAGGAAAACUCAGGAGGUGACCGCCCUACGCAGGCUGGCCAAGCCCAUGUCGGACCGCGUGGCCGGACGUGUGGCCCGCUGGAACCAGACGCCGCCGGUUACCGACUCCGGGGCGGAGUUGUCCGCCAGCACCACGGCCAGUAGCUCCGAGCCUGAGAGCGGCAGGUCUGUGAGCGGAUUAGUGCGGCAGUGGAACAACAAGAACAACACGUACGGGUAUCUGGGGGAAAGCGAGGGCAGCAUGGAUGGAACACGGGUCAUAGGCAGGAAGAAGCUGCAGCGUAAGCCGGCGGGUCCCGGUGCCCCUGCAGUCGCUGGACGGGCCGGAAGCUUCUCCAAGGCAGCCCGGCUGAAGUGGCAAUCUCUGGAGCGUCGCAUCAUGGACAUCGUCAUGCAAAGAAUGACCAUCUCCAACGUGGAGGCCGACAUGGACCGACUCCUCAAGAAGCGAGAGGAGCUGACAGCCCAAGAGGAGGCGCUCUCACACAAGCGAGAGGUGUUAAUGGCGGAUGGGGAGGGCCCAGAAGCAGAGGACCGCCUCCUUGUGGAGAUCAACGAGGACCUGGAGGUGCUGAACGCCAACAUCGACUACAUCAACGACAGCCUGUCCGACUGCCAGGCCACCAUUGUGCAGAUCGAGGAGACCAAGGAUGAGUUGGACUCCGUGGACACCUCAGUGGUGAUCAGCUCUUGUUCGCUGGCUGAAGCACGCCACCUGCUGGACCAUUUUCUCAAGGCCUCCAUUGACAAGAGUUUACAGGUGGCCCAGAAGGAGGCUCAGAUCAGACUGCUGGAGGGUCAGCUGAGACACACCGAUGUGAUUGGUUCAUCCCAAAACCACAUGAUACUCGACGCCCUGCGGGAAAAGGCCGAGUACAUCCCUGAACUCCAGGCUCUCAUUUACAAUGUGCAGCAGGAGAACGGCUACACCAGCACAGAUGAGGAACCGUCUGAGUUUAGCCAAGCCUCAGAAAAUAGUGUCUCUCUAAUGAAGGAAUCCAACAGCCAAGAUGAUUUCAAAAUAAAGACGGAACCUCGUCUGUCAGCUCAGAUAAAGGCGGUGUCGGCUGAGUAUCUGGGUCCCACUCUGGAGCCCCAGUCGGGCGGCAAGCAUCAGCAGAUCACCAAGUCUCUGGCAUCGCUCACUGACAUCCAGGAGGACGGUCUGAGCACGGCUACGGCCAGCCUGGGUCUGUCUCUGCGCGACCCCUACCACAGGGAACGUGCAUCACGUACCAUCAGCUUGCCUAUCCGGGGACACACCUUCCCCAGGCAGUCUCGAGGCUACGACACCUCCCACAUCACAAGAAGGAAGUCUUACGACCGUUCAUACAGACCCUCUGAUGGCUACACUCCCCCCUCUUCUCCUCCUCUGAGGACCAGGAACGAACGCAAUGUGUUCUCAAGGCUUACGAGCAACCAAAGCCAAGGUUUUGCACUGGACAAGUCUGACGACAGCGACUCCUCGCUCUCCGAGGUGCUCAGGGGUGUGAUCAAUCCCAUCGGAGGUGUCAAGGGGGGUCGGACAGCACCCCUGCAGUGCAUGUCUGUAGCCGAGGGCCACUCCAAGCCGGUGCUGUGUGUGGACGCCACAGAUGAGCUGCUGUUCACUGGAUCUAAAGAUCGCACAUGUAAGAUGUGGAACCUGGUUACUGGUCAGGAGAUCGUCACGCUCAAAGGCCACCCUAACAAUGUGGUUUCGGUCAAAUACUGUCCCUCCUCUGGUCUGGUCUUCUCCGUCUCCACGUCCUACAUCAAAGUGUGGGACAUACGAGAUGCGACCAAGUGUGUCCGAACGCUCACUUCGUCAGGGCAGGUUGUGUCAGGUGAUGUGUGUGCAGGCGCCAACACCCGCACAAUUACAUUUGCACACGGUGAGUGUCAGCUCAACCAGAUUGCACUCAACCCAUCUGGAUCCGUGUUGUACGCCGCAGCGGGGAACACUGUUCGCAUCUGGGACCUCAACAGGAUGCAAGCAAUGGGCAAGCUGACAGGCCACAUUGGUUCCGUCAUGUGUCUGACAGUGGGACAGUCUCUCCAGGGCAAAGACCAAGUCAUCACUGGCUCCAAAGACCACUACGUCAAGGUGUUUGACGUGGCAGAGGGAACGCUGGGUAAUGUUGGCCCAGCUCACAACUUUGAGCCGCCACAUUACGACGGCAUCGAGUGUUUGGCAGUGCAGGGGGAUGUGCUGUUCAGCGGCUCGAGAGACAACGGCAUCAAGAAGUGGGAUCUGCAGCAGCAGGAGCUCACUCAGCAAAUCCCUAUCGCCCACAAGGACUGGGUGUGCGCCCUGGCGUACGUCCCUGGGAAGCCGCUGCUGCUCAGCGCAUGUCGAGGCGGCAUACUGAAGGUGUGGAACGUGGACAAUUUCACCCCCAUAGGGGAGGUCAAAGGCCACGACAGCCCCAUCAACGCCAUAUGUACCAACUCCAGGCAGAUUUUCACUGCAUCCAGUGACUGCCGGGUGAAGUUAUGGAACUAUGUGCCUGGCUUGACCCCCUGCCUUCCUCGUCGGGUCCUCGCCAUCAAGAGCCGAGCCACCAGCCUCCCAUGAUGACCACUUUCCCUCCUCCCUCUGCGACAAGACCGUGAAGAUCUGGCUGUCAAAGGUGUGGAGGAAGAGGUGACGACGCGAGCGACGGCGGUUUUUCAUGCAGCGUCAGCUGUCAGCUGUGAUCUGUGACCCCCCACUCCUGUCGCCGCCAAGGCAAAGCUUUGUUGUCACUGUGAAAAAACGGAACAUCUCCCUGAAAGACAAUGUUUCCCUUCAGUUCCCCCAAAUGUAAUUUGAAAGUGACACGAAUUGGACGAGGAACUUGCAUCUUCUCCUAACACACCUGAUGUCGUUUGAAGGAGAAGAUCUACGUCCUGCUCUUUCAACUGCUUUUGAAAAAAAAAAAAAGCAAAAGAACUUUGGAACUUUUUGUGUGAAAGUCAUCAGUUUCUCCAAUCAGGAUUAUUUUUAUUACCUGACAUCCUGGUUUGUUGAUUUUUCACCCGCCUUUAUUAUGACCAGCAAGAAGUUCUGACCUUUCAUUUCCCUACCUCAGUUGUUUGGAACUUGGCUCCGGUUGGGCGAGGACAUAUUUACGGGUCUCUUCGUGCAAAAACCUGGUGCUUGCCUCUUCUUGCUCUUCUUCAUCGUCUUUAAGGAUGCAUCCGCUGGUUAUCAAGACGGUCUGGCUGCUGACCUUGUAAACGGGGAAGCACGCAUCCAGUAGCAGGAAGGAGGUCAUGCUGCCCCUGAAAGAUCUCAGCGGACUUCAUGAUCUUUGGCGGGAAGUACUACGGCAGCAGAAAUAGGAACCACCCCUGAAGACGACUCUGGUCAGGUGCUUUGGUGACUCCACUUUUCUAUGCUGCGUGUAAAGGGUGGCUGACACAUCCAUCCAUCCAUUUUCUACCGCUUGUCCUGUUCGGGGUCGUGGGGGGUGCUGGAGCCUAUCUCAAAUAUACUUCAAAUACUAAAUGAACACACCUACUAGUACUCGUCCAAUCACGUUACUCGCUACUUGGAUACGACAGUGGAACCCCUAAUGUCAGUCUAGCACAGGACAUUGUUUGCAAUGUAUACAGUUUUGCUCAGUAGAAAUAAUACAACAAGAAGUACUGCAAGGACUUCCUUUUAAAACAAUUCCUUUUUUCAAGACUUAGUUUCGGGAAAAUAUUUUAGGACAAAAAAAGACAAUAUUUUCUGGGGGAAAAAAGUUACUCAAAGGUUGGCUUUUUUUUUUUCAAUUUUUUUUUUCAAUUUUUUUUAUCUAAAAAAGAAAAAAUAAUCUCUUUUGAAAUAUUUUUUCUUUUCUAUACAAUGUUCCUCAUUAUAAAUAACACAACAACAAAUAAUGUAAUGACUUGAAUUUAAAACCGUUCCUUUUUCCAAGAACAAUUUUAAGACAAAAGGAAAGACAAUAUUUUCGGGGGAAAAAAAGUUACUCAAAGGUUGGCUAUUCUUUUUUUUUUUUUUUUUUUUUGAUUAAAUGAAUUGUUUUUCUAAGAAAUAAUAAAUCUUUUUAAUGGCUUGAAUUUAAAACAAUUCCUUUGUCUAAGACCUAUUUUAGGACAAAAAAGAAGACAUUUUUGGGAAAAGAUUUUACUCAAAGGUUUUUUUAAAUAUAUUUUUUCUUUAAUCGAAUGAAUUUAUUAUUUAAAAAAGACAAAAUGUAUCUAUUUUUUAAAGAUAUAUAUUUUUUUCUAUUUCUAUACAAUUUCCCUUAAUAAAACAAGAAAUAAUUAAUAAAACAACCCUUUUUUUCAAAACCUAUUUUUUGCGGAAAUAUUUUAGGGAGAAAAAAAAAAGAGACAAAAUCAAUAUUUUUUAAUUUUUUAUUUCAGUUUCUUCCAUUGCUAUACAAUUUUCCUUAGUAGAAAAAAUAGAACAAUAAAUAUUGCAAUAAAUAAUAAUAAUAAUAAAACCACCACUUUUUUCCAGAUGUAUUUUUAGAAAAAUAUUUUAGGACAAAAAAGAGGCAAAAUGAAUCACUUUUGGGGGAAAGAGUUAAACAAAGCUUGGCUAUUUUUAUUUUCUUUAAUCAAAAAUAAAAAUGUCAUCUAAAAAAGACAAAAUGUAUGUUUAGUUUAGUUUUUUUUUCGAUUUCAUUUUUUUCCCAUGUCUAUACACUUUUCCUUAUUAGAAAUAUUAAACACAAGAAAUAUUGUAAUGACUUAAAUUUAAAACAACCACUUUUUUACAAUACAUUAUUUUGAGCAAAUAUUUUAGGACAAAAAGACUAAAUUAAUAUUUUUUGGGGGGAAAAAAUAAAGAAAGAAAAUUUAAUUACAAUUUUUUUUUUCUUUAAUCGAAUUAAUUUGUUAUCUAAAAAGGACAAAAUGUAUCUUUUUUUUUUAAAGAUAUUUUUUUUUUCUAUUUUUAUACAAUUUCUUGCAGUAUAAAAGAUACAACAAGAAAUAUUGCAAUGACUCAAAACUAUCCUGUUUUUUCACUACCUAUUAUCGAUGGAAAUAUUUUAGGACAAAAAAAAAAAAGACAAGUAUUUUUGGAGGGGAAAACAAGUUAAACAAAGCUUAGCUAGUUUUUUCUUUAAUCAAAUUGAUUUAUUAUUUUAAAAAUACAAUAUGUAUCUUUUUUUUACAUAAUAAAUUCAGUUUUGUUUUCUAAUUUUCCUCAGUAGUAAUAAUGGAAAUAUAAAUACUUUCAUCACAUUUUCAGGAAAAUAUUUUAGGGAAAAAAAAGACUGUUUUAAAAAAAGUUACUCUAAGGCUGUUUUUUUUUUUUUUCUCUUCAAUCGAAUGAAUUUAGUAUCUGAAAAAAAAGGCAGUUCUUAUUUUUUUAUAUAUGUUUUUCUUCAGUCAAUUGAAAUAAUUUUAUAAGACAAAUUAAUCUUUUUUUUUUUUUUUUUUUUAGAUUAUUUCAAUCAAUUGAAAAAAGAAAAUAAUCCAACGAUUUAGUAACUUUUCCCCGUCUUUAUUAAUCAAUGCUGUAUUUUUUAGGGCAAGUGACAACAAACAGUCCCUCGAGGAUUUUGCGAUGAUAUUGCGAUCACGCAAAUUCAACCAAAUUCUGCAAAUGAUGCGCGACCUCGCAACUUUGUCCACAAAGUGUCGUUCCCAUAGUAAUGUCCUUUAAGAAUAUUUGUAUUGUUUAUUCAAAUAGUUAGGUUUUUCUCACGUAAAGGCUAAGAUAUACUUUUCUUUGCAGUAAAUUAGCACGUAUACUUUUUUUGAAGCUUAUUUUGUACGUUUGUCUGCUAUGUUGAUCGGAUGCUUGUGUUCUUUCAUUGCUUUUUUUCGGCAAAUUACUUACACAUUAUUAGCAUGACAUAGGGAAAAAUCACAAUGUUUAAUGCAACUUUCACUUUCUCAGCAAUUUUAUUGGAACAAAAACCCCAACAAAUUUGCACUUUUCUUGCAAUUUUUGGGACGAUUCUCUGCAAAUUCAGGCAUCUCAACAAGAUCCUGGGGGAAGGACUGAUAAAUUACUGUCAGUGUUUAAACAACUAAUUCCAGAUUCAUAAAUUCACAAGUUAGGUUAUGUUAAUGCCUUCAAACAUUUCAACUUUUGCUGCAACUUUUUUUAGAAUGCUGCUACGAAAUCAGACGUUUUAUGCUGCGAAAAUCACAAAAAACUACUGCAAAACUCUGAAAGGGACAUUUUAAACAUUUUAACAUUAUUUUGAAUGGGGAAUUUCGACUUUAGAGGUUCCACUGUUUUCGAAGUCCUCACACCAGAUCACAGAGUUUCAGGACACAAACGCACUCAGCCAGCGUCAUUUGUAGGUGAAGUGUAAUCGGCCACACCUAGCGCCACCUAGCAUCGAUCCCUAUCCCAUGCGUGUACGCCAGUUCAAUGCAAGUAGUCCUGAGUAAUGGAGGUACCAGUGUGUAAUGUACCUCCCCCGCCUACUUCCAACUGCUCGCAACCACUGCAGUUCUCUGAAGUCAAAUGUAAUUAGCGUUCUCACAUGUCUCCCAGUUGGUCUGCAGAAAAGAUUAUUUGGGGGGGAACCAGGUCAUAGCAGAGGGAUUUUUAAAUCCUUGUCCACCCACACUUUUAUUCAAAGACAGGAUAUUUAGUUUGCAUUGAUAAAACGCACAGCACAAAUUAUAAUUGUGAAAUCUCACUUCAUUGUGCAGUUCUGUGUCUUGCCAGGUAGCUUUAGAAGUCCAAUUGAAUUUUAAAAAGUCUGUCAUUGGUCAGCUACAAUGUACCAAAACGUUAUACCGUAUUUUCCGGACUAUAGAGCACAUUGGUAAGCCUUACCCACCACAUUUUAGAAGAAAAACAUAUUUUUACAUACAGUAUAUUAGCCGCACCGGACUAUAAGCCGCAGAUAUAUACUGGUACGAAAGAUUCUGUAAAUGUUUAUUUAAAUUAACUGUUUCCAAACGGUGCCUGAAACACAGCAGUAAAACGGGGAAUCAAACAAAACAGAAGUCAUCGUCAUGGACCUACUAGCUGCGCAAGCUCGCUCUCCAAUCAGCUAAAACAGAUAUAACUCCACGGUGACGUUUUGGUGAAUUUAAGAAACUGAAACAAUACAAAAAGAAUGCCGUUGUAAGUUAAUAAUACUAACAGAGACUGUUAGCAUGUUAGCUAAUGCUAAAGAUGCUAGCUUGAUUACAUUACGAUAGCACGUACAAAUAUGCAUGAAAACUCUCCUACAGACAUCACACAUAUUCACAUAUUUUACACAUACUGUAAAACUACAAACACUGCUUGGAGUCAUGAAUGAAGAAUUCAUAUUAGUAGAAACGCUAUGACGGUUAUACAUCCGGUUCAAGGCACAAAACAGGAAGUAAGACAAGGCAAUUUUUUUAUAUAGCACAAUUCGUACACAAGGCAAUUCAAAGUGCUUUACAGAAAAUUAAAAGAAGGAAAAAUAAUUCAAAUUCAAAUCAGAAAAUACAAUCAUAAAAACAAUCAUAAUUAAUUAAAAUAAAUCUAAUGCUCUAGAUCAAAUACUUUCAGUCGUCAAAUGCACAAUUAAAAGUGUUUUCAGGCUGGAUUUGAACAUUGCCAACGUUGAGGCACGUCUCACAUAUUCAGUAAGACUCUUCCUGGUUUUAGGAGCAUACAACUAAAACACAGUCUCACCAUGUUUGGUCCUGUACAUAUUCAAGCCGCAGCACCUGCAGUGAGUAAAUUAUUUUAAAAGAUGGUGCCAAAAACACAAACAAUAACACACCUUGUUUCUCUGUCGGUGUAACAUUAAAGCUAUUUGUUGAAUUCAAAACAUCAUGGCCGUCAGCGGAGAAAAAUCCAUAAAUUAGUCGAACCAUUUUAUAAUCCGCAGGGUGCAAAGCGUAUGAAAAAAGUAGUGGCUUAUAGUCCGGAAAAUACGGUCAUUGCAUUCCAGUGACUAGCUGGGAGUGUUGUUUUUUUUUGCUCCGAGGAGAAACUCAGGUACGGGUGGUUGGAUCAUGUCCGUUUAAGUCAUCUCUUAAUCUUGUGAUUGUUUUUGAAAUUACAUUUUUCAAAUGCCUUUUUGUUUACUUUAAAAAAAAAAAAAAAGGGUACUGUCCGUGCUUCACCCGAGUCAUAACGUUUCUACAUUCCUUUGUUUUUAUCCAUACUCUUUUCUGUAUAUACUUUUUUGUCAAAAUCUUACUAUUUGGCCAAAGUGUGUACAUCUGAGAACUUUUUGGUUGAAAAAAAAAAAAAAGUAUUUGUAUAGGAUUUUGCUUGUGGGUCAAAUUUGAGGUCAAAGUCUCUCUCCACUGGACUCGCUGUUUGUGCCAAUUAAGGAACAUUUCUGUCCAAACAGGCAAGAAAAGUGGGUCUGAUGUUUACGGUACACGCUGGAUCGUUUACACAUUUGAGAAGUUCCGUCCUAUUUGAGGUUUAGUGCACAACACCUGCUUGAUGUCGGAGGAGUUCACCAUCUUCCCUUUUCAGUCUGCUCGUCAUUCUCUCCAAAAUUCCCAAAGAAAAGUCAGCUCCACUCCUGAGUGAGUGAUGCUGUGUAAAGAGCGAUUCCCUAACUUGGCAUCAGGAGCGCCUACAAAGAAGACAUCAAGGCUACGCUGACAAAACAAUUGCAGUGAGUUUAAAAGUAGUCAUUGAGUGACAAAUACGUCGUAAUAUAGUUUAGUGAGUAUCACAUUUUGUUACGUUGAUUAGACGUGAUCGUUUCUUAAAGGGAAACUGCACUUUUUUUGGAAUUUUGCCUAUCAUUCACAAUCAUUAUGAAAAUCAUGACGACAGAUGUUUUUUUUUCGGGUUUUUUUAUGCAUUCUCACUCAUAAAUAAUUGCGAUCAAAAGUCAGCUUACAAAGGAGCCUAUAGGAGUUGUUCUAUUCUGCCUAUAAAUCCCUUAAAAAACAUCCAAACACCACCAUUAAGGUUUUAUAUACAUGACGUAAGUGUAUUUGCCAUGUAAUAACAUUUAUAAUAACAUUUAAUAUUUACGCAUUUUGAUCAUUUUAAGUAUUAAUUUAAAAAACGCAUCACAAUGUUCACUUUUCACUUUUUUUUUUUAACAACAUUACUAAUUAUUGCUCACAGCAGACUUCAUGAGAGACAAUAAUAAAACAUCACUUACUGUACAAGGUCUGCUGUCAUUAGGAUAGUAACUGUUAGGAUGUUCAUAUAUUCCCAUUUAAAUGAAGAAUCCUCACAAAGAAAAGAACGGUGGACCCAAACGUCUAUUUGUAUCGUUCUCGCCAUUUCCCGGUCUAAAUUGGCUGUCCAAGUGUACAGCCAAUUUAAAUACGUCCUCAUCCUUCUACUAUCCAGGUGAGAGGCAUGGUUUAUGAUCUACAAUAAAGUUUGACGAGCAAGGAAGAGAGGAUGCAGCUGAUCAGUCGAUCAUGUCGCUCUACCCACUACGCCAUACCGCCCCUGACUACGCCAUACCGCCCUCUCAUGAUUGUGAACGAUAGGAAAAAGUCCCCCAAAAAAUGCAGUUCCCCUUUAAGUCAUCCAGCAGCUAUAAAAAUUGAAAAUAAUAUUGCUGAAAAGACAAUAUUCCUAAUAUUUUUCACGUCUGACAGUCUCGGUAUGUUGAUUAGCAUCAUUAAAACGUCCUUUCUUGACGUACUAAAUAGAGACGCAAAACAGCUACCACAGUACAAUUUUAGUCUUGAUAAAUCACACUACGUGCUAAACUACAAUAUAAUUUUCUGAUGGUCAGCGUAUAUUCUGCACAUUCAUGAAGACAGACACGCUAAAUGGACCGAGCUCCUUAUUUUACUCACUUAAGAAUACGCAAACCUUCGCGCACGCGUGUAGUAGAUCAGCUUAGCGUGUGCUAUCAAGUUGGCACGUGUUUUAGACCACACAAACCUUACUCGGGCCGAGUAUUCGCCAGCCUCUUCAAUUUGGCCCGCAAGACGUCAUGAGUUCAACAAAGCAUCGCACCGCGCUUUCAAAUUUAUCUUAAAUACUAUUUGCUGCCAUAUUGGGGAAAAUGCAAGCAAAUCAGAUCAAUGACCCUUGAAAGUACUGUGAAGUAAAAUCACAGCAUUAAUCCUAUGACACAAUCCAAACAACCUUCUUUAGCCAUGGUGCAAAAAAAACCUAAAUUGAUCUAACAAAGAUCAACACAAAUGGUCUCACAUAACACACACAAAAAAAAUCUAAAUUACACCCAUUUAAAUCCAUUGCAAUGCAUGAUGGGAAAAAUGCUAAACUCUCUCUCCACACUUCUUUAUGUUUGGCGCAUUUUAGGUGCUUGAUAUUUCUGAUUGAUUACAAUACUUUAAGGAGGUUGUCACAGAAGUAAACAAGGUAAAAGUUGAACUUUCACGUACUCUUAAUAUCCAAUUAUAUAUCCAUCAUAUUAAU